AUGGGUUGCUGGCAAGACCAGGGUCACAUCGGCAACCGCCAGCGUGGAAAACUGUAAGUGACCUUCUCUAACGACACGGCAAUUGUCGUGCCUGUCAUGUUUAUUGUGGUGAAAUAGCACUCAGGGUUGAGGGACAUUUAAAGGGGAUUUGGGUGACUCAUGGGGGGUGCUUGUGACUUAUUUUUGUCUAUUACCUUUGAAGUGAAUGGUUAUCUUCUCCUUGAAUUACGUAUGAAUCGCACCGGGUUCUGUUUUCAAUAAAAAUUAACUGUACUAGGUGACUGUUCUUCAACAAUGAACCAGUUAAUGACGACUUUACUGGCAGACAUCUAAGCUCGUAUACUAUAUUCACCAUAUUUUCUGACCUAAGUUCAUACCUCUGACGCCCGUAGCAGUCCGCUUCUGCGUAAGGGAGGAAGCUCUAGUCCAUCCGAGAUUGUUGAAGAAUUAAACAUCGUAUAUCCUCUCAGCGUGUUCUUCGUUUAGUGCCGUGGGUUCGCUGGGAAGGUAUAAUAAACUGUUUCCAGCUGUUGGUCAGGGUUAUGAUUGGCUGAUUGAAGGCACAAUAAGCCCGAAACAGUGCUGUAUCAAUCUACCCGCAUUCUCUGUCGUCCCUCUUUGCUGCUAUUAUGACUUGACCGGCUUCGGCCUGGUAAUUGGUUGCCUGUUUGGGACCUUUGCCACCCAACGGAGGUUGUUUGCUUCGUGAUUCCAAUAGAUCGGCAAUAACAUACUGCCUAUAUAUAUAUAUAUAUAUAUGUGCGUGUAUGGUAGAAGGGCGCUAACCUAUCGUGUUGCGGAAAUAACUCGUCCCGUUGUGCCUUGAGCCCGAAGCACAGCGCGACGAGUGAGUUCCGUAAGAACGACCGGUGAGUGCUCCCCUCUACCAUUAUACAUUCCCGAUCGAAAGCGACAGGGCAAAGAGGUAGUGGCUCAGUGGUUAGAGGCGUGGACUUCUAACUAACAGGUUGCGGGAUGAGGCCCCAGGUGUUCCACACUUUGGCGUGGGGUAUGACUGGCUGGCAACGGUUAAUAAGCCAGAAGUGGCCCUUCCAGUAUCCCUUGACCUUGUCGGUAGUAACAUUCUGAUAUAUUUACAUUAUAUACAUAUAUGUAUGACUGCUGGCUUUGAAUGCAUGCUGUCUCAUCUGCCUACAAAGAUUAGGCCCGCUAAAAUGACCAAUUAAGUAGUGUGCACUUUUUCCACUUAUUUUCGAGGCCCUCACAAAUCUGGGCAUGCUUUAUGCACGAAAUUAUCCUUUUUACACACAUUUCAUACAAACUUGCAUCUUCUUUCAGUUUCCUGCCCGGAGAAGGAGUCUUCUAGUUUUUAAAGGUUUUUAAUUGUUUAGUAAUUUUGCAUCCAGCCUGCAUAUAGACUUUCUCAGCUGCAAGCUGUACACUUUCUUGAUAGGAAAAACCUCUCAUUCUGCUGGGGUCUUAACAAGAUGUCAUGCACAGCGCAUAAGAUUUUACAAUGGCUGUGCAUCCUAUUGCAUGCUUCAUAAAGAACAUCUUUAAAUAGGCAGAUACAAUGUUAUUUGAAAACACGCCUCACGGUCUUGAGAGGUCUCAUACUUGAGAUACCCUUUCUUCGAUUGUAAAAUUGUAAGACGUAACGUACUGCCACAUGUUUACAUUAAAGAACAUUUUCUUGCAUGUUUCCUUUUAAAUCUGCUUUAAGGUACAAAAGCGUCGAAAAUCAAUUGGACAAGUCUUGUUAUAUAAGUAGUCAUUUCGUUCUGACUGUGAUUUUCGCGGACGGCUGAAAGAUGAUCUUUUAAAAACCUCAUACUGUGCCGACAUCGUCCGGUCACGCGGAGAAUGUUUGCUCUCCCCUCUAUUGCCGUGUACUUUUCCAGACUUUUUUGUUCGGGUUUUGACGUAGUUUGUUGAUACGUGGCUUUGAUAAUAAUAAUUGUUUAUUAAAGACCCAUCGGGGUCCCAUCAAAGCAAGUAAAAAUAAAUUUACGUAGAAUUUUAGACGACGUAGGCAGAAUCUGUACAAAAUGCAAUUCAUAGUUUCUGAAUUUGUAGUCCAUUAAGAAAAAUGAUGAGCAAACGGUAAAAAAACUCCAAUUAAGAACUUAAAAAUGAUUGGAUUAAUUUUACUGGAGAAAAAGCCCUCGCUAAUAAUAACAGAAAAAUGCGGGCAGGACUAGCCUGCAUGUGGCAGUAUAUAACGGAUUAUAAGCGGACAUCGUCAAAAUCCGUGCUAACUCGUCAUCGUGCUAAAUCCGAUUGCUAGAUUCCUGCCUAACUAAAUGUUUUCCCUUCCUCUCCCUCUCCUCCCACAGGUACUACUUCAAAGUAAAAUGCUGCCUAGGGGAAUUUCUUGUCUACUCCUCUCUCUACUUCUCACCACCUGCUGCGGCAAGGAGCACCCCACGCAUUCUAUCCUCGCUGGGACAGUUGUCAAUGGCAUGGGCUCCUAUGAUGAGCUCAGUGCACAAGAGUAUGAGAUAGCUGUGGAACGGAUCUGCCAACACCUGGGUCUCAACCACCUAGGACUGGGAAUGCUCGGCCACCCGGAUGAAAACAACACCAGAGAUCCAGAAACGUGGGACGACCUACGCCGACCUUCCCUUAUCCGCGCUGCCUUGGAAGUGCCCCCAAAGGCCAAACGUCAGGCUAUCAUGGAGCGUGUGGCCCGGGUUUCCGUGCACCUACCGCAAUCUGGUUUGGUGAAGGAGUAUCUAGUUGCGCUGAGUUCCGAGGCGGCAGCCGAUCCAGUGCGUUGGGUACGGAGCCUGCCUGAACACAAACGCCCUCUGUCCAUCCUUGAGGUAGAAGCCUUAGAUGAUUUUGUGGCGCGGCACCUUGUUGGUCUGGAGCAUAUGAUUGAGUACCUCUACGAAGCCGCCUUCUACAGGCCUACACCUAGCCGCGGUGAGGGUAGGAUUCCCGAGGCCAAAAAUUACUGCAUCCGGCGUCUCGAGGCCAUGAAACAGGACGGUGGAGAGACUGCAGAUCCCCUUUCCCAACCUUUCUGCCUCUUCAUAAUGCCGACCUCACCGCUGAGAACGAAUCGAGAUACUGUCCGUCGCAGUGUCAUUCUAAGAUUCAGUCGUCUGGUGGCGCCCUUCAAUCAGCACCCAACGGACAUUCAAAUGCAGGUAGGACCUAUCUCAGUGGGUAACAGUCAUAGUUCUACUGUAGGAUUUGAAAGAGAUGGGUCGCAGGACUCAAAAAUGGGAGAUAAAACAAAAUGCCGUAUCAAAUUAAUCACUUUGUUAGGCCGUUACCCGGUGCCAACCCUGUGCGUUCUUGGCUGAUGCCAGGACAAGGCCAGUUGGGGACGCGUAAAUAGCGGUCGCUCAGUCGAUGAGACCAUUAUUGCCACAGGUUAUCAACCUGAUGUUGUCCACCCAAUCCCAUGACGCAAUCACCACUUUAUGCGUACAGAUCGGAUCACGGAAACGCUGAAUUAAAAAAGGUAGAGCCACAAGAUCGCACUUUUGAGGGAUGCCUCAGUGGCAAAGUCGCCUGCUAAACGAAAUUAACUUCACCAUCACUAGGAUAAUGGCAUGGGUUGACACGGAGGCAUGUCAACAAACGCUCAAAGUCUGUACCUUUGAUGACGACUUCAUAAACCGAUAUAUUCAUCUAUCCGCUGUUUAUCACGCGCUCCUGUUUUAAUUCAAGGUGCGUCGACUUCGUACCCAACCAAGAGCACAGCUGACUAGACAGUACAAUCACGUUCACUCUUGUUUCCCCCUGACGAGGGGCUCUUGCAUAGGUUUGAAAGCUCAGAUUAGCAUACUGGCAGCCUUGUUUCAAUAAGAUGCUGUGGACAGCAUGCUUUCCCCUGUUUUGAGGAACACGUCCGUUAGCACUUAAACACACAUAAUGAAAAAUUGUUAAAAGUUAAGUGUCGGCAUCUGAACCCUGUCUAGUUGAAAUUCUGAUCUCCUGUCAGCGCAUCCACCUUGGUUUUUUUUGCAUCCAUAGUUAUUUUUUGCAUUAUUCCGUCCGCUACUUUCAUGAACAGCAGUACACCCGUUUCCACGAGCGUUCCAAGUCUUUUUUACGCUGGCUGGUGCAUUCCUUAUAGGUGUCGAAGUAGCCUUCUAAAAGGCCACAUAGAAAUAUAAGCAUUGUCUCAGUUUUCCUCAGCGUAUGAACUAAUCACCCAUUUAUUUCACAAUUUCAAAGAUAUGGCCACAAAACCCAGCAAGGACUCGACCGGAUUUUAGGGUUUAGCGGCACGUUACACUAGAAACCGCUUACAAGUGUGAUUUCCUUAUGAAAAUGCCAUAUUACCUUGACUACACAUCCACUCGUUCUAUGAAAAACAACUAUUAUAAAGUGAGCGUCGGAGUAAGUGGUAUUCGUACACAUGGAUGCGUGUUCAAAUGAGGGCUUCCAGAGGGAAGGAAGACCGAGACGGUCAUUUCUGACUUAUUGGCCAUCAUCAGCCGGCUGUUCUCAAAUCCAGUUUUGGGGCAUCUGGGAUUCGAACAAGGGACUUAUUACUUUCUAAUAUACGUAUAUAUAUAUAUAUCGGUAUUAUACCGUACUCCCGACAUAUAUACUAACUAAAAACUCAGACACGUGUUUCGCCGAUAUUCUGCUGCUGCGUGACACAGUUGCUAGGGGGUCUGCUCUUCAAUGGAUCCUCCAGCGUUCUGUAUGCGAUUUCCGGAAUAUGAACGCCAGAGAAAAAUCAGACGCAAAGUUCCAGAAAUUAUUCAGUGCAGGCCAUGGAGUUAAGUCCCCAGGACAUGACUUUUUAGGGUCAGGUCCGAAAGCUAGUAUCUAUGUCGGAAGCACGGUAUAAUACCUUUACAAUAUGGAUUUAAUACUACCCAUAAUACCAACUGUUUGUAGAAUAGGUAUUACAUGCUUACUCCAGAGUAGUUUAUUGUCGUCAACUCGCAUGUUCAUUGAAGUAUUGGGUAUGACGAUAAAAAGUCAUGUCUCUCGGACUUAACUCCAUGUCCUGCACUGAAAAAUUUCCGAAAUUAUUCGUAGUAGGUAGUGGUAGCUGAGCUCUCGCCGAUCGCGCCCCAGGUGUUCCACACAUCGGGAUUGGGUAGGGCUGGCGGACGACAGCUGAUAAGCCAGCAAUAGCUAUACCAGUCGGUAAUGCUACUCUACCAAUACGUAUAUAUGCAUAAACAUUGAUAUGCAUUGAUAUGAUAUAGGGUUCGACCCAAUGACCGAAUGCCCCGUGUCAGAAUCCCACGUGAUCCAACACUAGCCGAUGGCAGCUCAUAAGCUAAAAACAACCAUCACACUCUCUCUGGUCAUUGAUAAUUCUCUUUCUAACGUAUGUGCAUGCAUAUAUGCAUGCCAUUUGAGUAAUGGGUUUACGUCAUUCAAUAAUCAAUUUGACUGAAAAACUCUUGGCCAUGUUCAGCGCCCCGACCGAACAUCGGAGGAUCGACUGUAUGGAAGCACAGAGAAAAAGAGCUAUUCACAAACUUUAGUUUGCCCUACAUCCCACUGGCUCCCAUUAAGAAAAAACACAAGAAGGAAAUGCACAAAAAAACAACGCAAUGUGUUCAGAACCUGUCUACUCCCCCCUUCUUGCCCAUAUUGUUGACUCACUAAUGUGUCUAUCGACUUAUUUGAUAAACUUAAUCAUAAGAUGACGCCUUUAGCUAUAACAUAGCUAAGUUCCAUGUGAACGGGAACUCUGCCGAACGUCACUUGUCAAGACCAAUGAAAGUGUACUUGGCGGAUUUUAAAGGCAAAAAGGUCCGACAUAGAGACGGUUUCUCUUUCUGUCCUUCGUGCUAGAGUUGGCGGUAUAUAACAGCCAUAACAGUGGGUAAUUUGCAGUCAGAAUAAUCAAGCGGUUUCCACCAGUCGUACUCCAAUCAAUUUGCGCAAUCGCUUGCAACUCUGGGAGAUUUUCGUAGCCCUCGGCCAACUCAACGCCCGCAUACCUACUGACUUUCAAAAAUUCUGUCCCGAAAUUCCAAGUUUUGAUUACGCUGAGGGAUCAGCAAAUGUCCGUGAAUAUUAUGGGGCCACUGACUGGCUUACGUGUGCUGUGGGGAAUUUGUUCUCUUUGCCAGAGAACGUGAGCAAUCUACUGGGUUUCACACGCACAUCGCGACUCAACCUCGGGGGCAGACCGGACGCCUUUCUACUGCAUCACUUAAUCAACAUUUAUGUGCUUGUCUGGCAGCAAAGCACUGGCUUUAAAUCGAUGCUACAAGCGUGAAAAUCAGCCACAAUGUUGCCUUAAUCGGGGUAGGGGUCAAUGUCUUUGUAGUACGACAGAGGUCAUCUGGGGAAUGCAAACGUGUGGGGACAGCGCAUGGCAUUAUGACGAACGCUCUACCAAACGAAAUCCACAAACUUUCACAUGCAUGAGUAGUGAAUUACUUAUGCCGUUAAAGAUUUAGAAUCACCUAUUCCAAUGAAUCCUUCACGUUUACUUGAGAAGCACUGGCUAGCAGGCAAGGUUUAGAGACCACUGGAGCCACAGAAGCUGGAAGUCGGCCGCGGUCUCCUUGGUAGAUCUGUGUUUCGAUUGCUAACCAUGCGACAGCCGAUGAGGGUGCCAGCCUGCAACUGAAGGACAAGGUAGAGUGAGAGUGUUCUUUCUUGCACUGUGAUCUUUUAAAGCGCCAAUCCCCUGCGGCUUUAUGCACAGGUUAGCCUUCUCGAAAGCAUUUCUCCGUGUUGAGAAGCACAUCCCGUCCUUUCGAUCUUACUUCCUUGAUGAGUAGUCAAUUUCAAACGACCGCUCUUCACGCUUAUCCACCGGUGAAGCACUAAUCCCUCGGAUCGAUAUUUAACCUGACCUCACAGUUCUGACUGAACAUGUACGGAAAGCGUUGCUGCUGCUGCUGCUGCUGCUGCCUCCAACUCCUUGACGUAAUGAUAUGUGCAAUCUAGUGUAGGCUUGAUUAACUCCGAAUAUCCUCGCUCCCCUGGUCGUCCUACCGCAGAAGCCUAAGCCGAGAGUGCGACCCUGGCUGCUACGAACUUCAGGCCCGGUCCAAAAUGGAAAGAGACGAUGGACGUCAGUUGGGAGGAGGAUUUAUUCUGCGCAGGAUAACUAGAGAAUCGGCUGGACAGUUAGCAACAGGACGAGGCCACGUUCGGCACAGGGAGAGCAGUGGUAAAGAGUCUUCAGCCAGGGCGCGUCUGACUCGGCCAGGUAUCUGAUUGGCCAGUUGGAAAGCCGACUUGGCGAACACCGGAUAGCCCUGGUGCACACGUGCGGACACUCGCGAGAGGCCCAGUGUUGCGGCCGCUACAGUCCUACUGCGCACAGGCAUACGGGAAUAGCAAGGUAAUUUCGUUAAGCCUCUAGACAUAACUCACCAGCGUGUUAACACUCCUGUUUUGCUGGUAGACGUAUGCAUUCCAUCUGCCAUUAUUUCGAGUAUUUUUUAUUAUCUGGCUGUUCUCCGCGCCGAACUUUUUUGAAUUAAACUUCCCUCUUACUACGUGUGGAGUCUGUAGAACAAUGAGCCGAUGUAGACAUUUCAGUCAUACCGGCCCCUCAGGGCGGCACAGGUCAGCGAAUGUCAUCCUGCCAACGAAGGGCCGAGAAAAAACUCGGCGUAACACAACGCUUCUUUGAAAAAAUAUAGUGGGCCGUUCUCCAUGGUUCUCCCUUACCCUGCGCAUAUACGUAAUUUUUAUGAUUUUCCGACCUACGGUAUCUGGCUGCUUUUGAUAAAUGUAAGUGAAAAUUCUUAAAUAGGUUCUAUAUUAGGAAAUAUUGCUUGGGUGGCGUAGUAAUAUUGCUCUUAUUGUGCAGCAAAUUCCCACGAUGUUUCAGUUACGCCAAGAUGCCAGCUUCUUCUGGCCGUCCGCAACAACACCACUCGUCAAAACGUGCCUGCUUGAACAGCACGAGAUAUUCCCAUUACUUUUCCCGUUUGGCCACUUGGUUGAAAAACUACGUCUGCUUCAAAUUCUAUACCUGAAGGUAGAGUAUCGUUCGGGCUUAAAAAAGUUGUUCAGUUCCCGAAUAAUUGCAAACCGAACCUACAGUUGCACUUGCAAUCCGGACUUCUACACUGCAAGCUGUAUACUUUCCGUGUAAGGAAAAUCAUACACUUCUGUACGCCAUUAGAAAUAUAUCAUAUAGGGCUCACAACGUUAUGCAAUCGAGGUGGACCCCGUUGUUCGCCUCGAACAGCAUUAAUAGGCGUGCUAAUUUGAUGCUGGAUAACUGGAAAUUUCGUGGUCUUAAAGAAUCCCAUAAAUAGAAACUUUUUAUGGUCGAGCGGUACUUCUCUGAGUAAAAAAAUGGGAGACGCAAUUUGCUACCAGAUGUGUACGAAAGGAGAAAUUUUUUCAUAUUUUCUAUGACAUAUAUUUAAAUUUAGAAGAGCGUCAAAAAUCAAUGGGAAAAUUCAUAUGAAUCAUAUAGUCAUUUCUCCAUGGUGUAUUUUUUGCAGGAGGUAGGAAAAAGUUCGUUCAAAAGCCGGCACCCCGACAGGCCUGAAAUCUCCUUGGCUUUGGUUGUAAGAUAAUCAACACUGCAGCCAAACUUAAGUAGUUUUUUUUUAAAUCAAAACACAUUUCGGGAUCUUGGUUAACAUUUCACGAGAUAGCCCGUGGACUGUAGUUUCCUUUUCAACCGAAUUUCGCCGCCUAUGCCAAUGGUCCAAUUUAAAGCAUCGGCUCAAAUUAGAACCUUACAGGGUGUCCGUUGACCAAGACGAAGACAAUAAGCAGGAGUUGUGCUUAAUGCCCCCUUCGCCCAUUCCCUCUGCAGGUUGACAUAACGGAUACCAACUAUGACAACUGGGGUCUGUUAAACUUCUGGAUGCAGAACAGGAGUUUCUCCAGCCCGAAGGCAGCACUGGCAGAUUUCCUCCAGAGACCCGAAACCUGGAGAAGGCAGCCCUUUUGGCGAACACUGCCUGACGAGCGGGACGCGGCCAACGCGGACAUCCGCCCUGCUCGUCCCUACGGUCUGGAUGAACAGGGCAUGCUGAAGGAGCAGGAGGUUCCACCAGACAGCGUAUUCCCCGGCGCUGUCAUCAACAAGCACGUGCACUACCGUGACUGGAGCUUUCAAGUCAGCAUCCUGCGUGACUCGGGACUGCGUUUCUUCAACAUCACCUACAAGUCGCGUCUCAUGAUCGCUGAGGCUGGCCUUGCAGACACAGUGACCAUGUACGUGGCUGACACGCCCUUCAUGCAACGCAUGCUCUCACUUGAAUCCAUGUAUGGCGUGGGUGCCAUGUGGUCGGAGUUGAGUCCGGGAAUCGACUGCCCGCUGGACGCGGUAUACCUCAGUGUGCCCAUGGUGGCGACCCCGUACAUGGGACCGAAGACCAUUUUGCGUGGUAUCUGUCUCUACGAGGCUCACGCAGAGAACUUCGAGGGUGCCAGUCGUCGCUUCUACGCUUUCUCCAACCCCGACAGGGUUGUCCACGGGGCUCCGGGCUAUGCCACGGCAGCGCGAGAGCCCUCUCUCUACGUUGUGGGCAUAACGGCCCUCUUCAACUACCAGUAUAGUUUUGUUAAUAUCUUCUCCCCAACGGGUAGCCUCAGUAUGUAUGUCCUUCCAACCGGCUACGUGCAUGUGGAGACCUUGUCCGCGCAGCAGCCGCUACAGCCGAACGAGCGAUUCGGUCUCAUCUCCGGGGUCUGGGGCCUACAGUUUAUGCUUCACACCCACAACUACCUCUUCUACCUCGAUUUGGACGUCCUUGAUGAGCGUAAUGUGGCCGAGGUCGUAGAGGUCUCGGGGGCUGGUGAGGGGUCUGCUGCGGGCGGCAGAGGAACAAAGGAUUCUGGCUUCGGCAUUUCUAUGAAUCGACGGACACUGCAGUACGAGCGGGAACAGGAGGAAGUGGAUGGCGGUGGGAAGGCAAGUGAAGGUUCAGGGACUCCGCAGAUGAGGCGACAUCGGAUUUGCAAGGGCAAAGCCAUUGACAAGCACUGUUUGGAGGUCAUCAAUACGGCGCCCCUGCCCUCCAUGUUUAGCGAGGAAACAACUCGCUCCUACGCAUGGGUCAGGUAAGCAGAUGAAUUUCUCCUCGGCGCGAGAUCCCAUCAAUUGUUACGGACUUUUAAGAAGUCAAGUCAGGCAAACGUACGCUUUCAAUUAUUCAUGCUCAUGGCUGUACAGUAAUAUAAGGAAGGGCAAGGUAGCAAAAGUUAAAUAGAACGUUAUCGCCAACAAAGACAAGAGAGGCUGGAAUGGCCGUUUCUGGCUUAUUAACCGUUUUCAGCCAGUCCUACCCAGCCCCGAAGUGUGGCAUACCUGGGACUCGAUCCCACGACCUAUUAGUUGGAAGUCAAACACCUCUAAGCACUGAGUUACGGGCUCGUUACCCUGUCGGUUUCGACCGGGAAUGUACAAUGGCAAAGUUAAAUAGCCAAUAAAAGUCAUUGUGUGGGGAGAGGGUUUAGGGGCGUUCAGAGGUCAGGUGUCAGAGUCUAGUUCUGUCAGUGACUUACGGAGGGGGAGGGGGAGGUGUCUGGCAGUUAGCUGUCCCUGUUUCAUCGCUUUUCCGCGACGUGGAUAGUGUGAAACCAUAUCCUGGGUUUUUCUGUCCCCGGGGGAGCCUUAGAGCUCGUACAAAUGCUUUAUGCGAGCACAAAGUUGGGUUGGCUAACCGCAGAUAUCCGCUGACGCAGGAACGUGGAGUGUCUCGCCAGUACUUUAUAGAUGAAUCGGAAUGCUUGGUUAGGGUUAGGGGUUAGAGUUAGGGGGUCUGGGUUAGGGCAACUAUUUCCCAACCACCCAAAAUACAACCGCUCAUUCCCAAUAGCUUUUAUUUUGCAUACAAUUACUUGAGCUCGUCGCCUGUGCGCUCCCCGGCCCCUAUUACCACCUGUCCCUUAUUAAAGGUGGCUGGGGUUUAUGAACCUCAGGUGAGGCUACAUAACCACAUCUGACCCAAUCUUGCCUAGAAAAGACUCUUAUUCAUCAGUUUUACUCUAUUCGAAACAUUCAAGUGGUCCUUUCUUGGCAUCAUUUGCACUGUUUUUGUGGUCAGCACGGCCUCGUCGUCUCCAUACUUUCAUUAUAUGGCGAUGACGUCAGCAAAACGUUUCCGUAAGAGGAGACAACUCAUUUAGUUAUUUUUACUCUUAGAAUGAGUAUUUUAUUUGUAAAAUACACCAUGAUUUUCACAUGCUCUCUGAUUCACCAAGAAAUUUAUAAAUUUACACGAUUAGCCCUCUGAAGCUGGUGGGUUUCAUAAUAACUUGUGAAUAGAGUCUUGAAAGUUUCAUUCCGAAUAAUGUACUUCAGGUUAGCACAUUACUUUUUGGGGAGAAUAAUAAAGGAUAAAAUUUCGUAACUGAAGUAUUCACAAGAAACCUCACGGGGAAGGCUGGGGGACUCGCUGAUCAGCCGAACCACUCACAGGUGUGUCACGCAGCGGCAGAAUAUCGGUGAAACACGCGUGUCUGUGCCUUUGACUUGCAACUGUAUUUUCACCAUGGUAAAUCAUAAGGAAUGUGCAUACGACGGGCUGCCUGUUGGCAUUUUAUGAAUAUUUCGCGACCAGCCCCCUGAAGCUGAUGAAGUUAAGCCCGCAUAUUAGUAUCGGCUUUAGGGCUGAGCUUGCGGAGCUUCAUUCCGAAUUAUCUACCCCAAGAUUAGGUUGUCUAGUUACUGCCAUUUUAAGGGAGAGUGUUCAGUUCAGUUCAGUUCAGUUUAUUUGAGUGAAAUAUAGGUGUUAAACCUUUGAACUCCCUAUUUGUUACAAGGAGGCGAACAAUAAAAAAAAUUGAAACAUCAAACGGCUACAGAGUUUCUUCAGAUUGGCAACGUUUUGUAAGCCAGACAGAUAAACGAAUUGUUCCAAGAGUUAAAAACAUUAACGUUACUAAUUGCGCUGUACAGUAGUCUGUCUAGGGAUAGUUGGUGCUAUCUCAGUUUCGGAGGGAGACGAAUUGAAUGCCAACACACAUUUAACAGACAUGGGACAAUAUUAAAAAACAAACGUUACUUAAAUAUAAGAAGUAAUAUAACAACAUUAAUAAACUGUUCGAACGAAAUGCUAGACAAUCUGUCAGGUGGCAAACGUUCCCCUACGAAAAAAACAAAUCAUUUAUUUUUUGUAAAUUUACUGCGGUCACUCGCUUUGCAGAAUGCGCUAUAGCUUCCCCCUCCCUUCAACGAUAAAAUGACUACUUCCAAAAACACAGCAGUAAAAAAAGCGCGAAACCCGGAGGUGAUAAGACUCCGCGUCAAAAUUGAAGGCCUUUUUGUAAAAUAAGCCACUGAUUCUAUCUUUUCACUUACUUAGUGCCAAAAGGCUGCAACCUUAAAGUACCUUCAACAAGUACAUUCUUUAAUGAAAUCCAGGAAAGACAUAUGGAUCAACCGUUACCAUGACAACGAACGCGAAGGGUCGUCGAUUUACAAUGGAGUUGACCUAGCUGAUCCGUUCGUUGAUUUCACAACAUUCACAAGUGACAAUGAAUCGAUGGUUGAUGAGGUGAGUCUCCGUCAUCUACUUUCGAAUGCUUUUUGACAGACCUUCUUGGCGCUUUAUCAUCGGCCCAUUUCUCCUUGUAGUUGCAUCAGUAGUAAUGAUGAAAACGGUGGCAGUAGUGAUAUUAGCAUUAGGUCGGGACUGCAGAAAUAACUCGUGCGCUGCUAGGACAAACGACAGAAUCUCUGUCAGGCCAUCUGGUUCUAUCAGUUUUAUGAAACGCUCCCUACUUACCUGCAUCCACAACCACAUAUAAACUCACGGAUAUGUCGAGAAACAAGGGUCGAGAGCGAGAAUUUUCACAAAAUUAGUAGGAUGGUCCUUACUACUGUAGCCAGCGUACAAGCAGCUCAGAGGUCGACGGUAGCAACUAUUAUUACAACUGUUGUUGUUAUUCAGGAUAUGAGGUGUGCGCGUACGCCUGAGAUCUGUCUUUAGAAAGUAGAGUGGCCUACAUGACAAAGAUUCCCAAUCAAAAGUCAGGGAAGACAGUUUGAGUUGGACAACCUCUACUGCCUGAGGAAUUGCGUACACAGGGGCUCUGUAGUCAGUCGGCGCGAGCGCGCUCUACAGGCAAGUUGUUGUCUGUGUCCGCCUUCGAGGUGCUGAGACCCAGCGCGUGUGUGCGCCUUUCGUUGUCUCCGCGUCCGCCAGCCAAUCGGGGGAAGGGGGCAGCGUUGAUUGGCAGCGUUGAUUGAUCGCGAGGCUAGUGACAAGCCUCACGCGUCCCAACAGCGUAUCGACAAGGAGUGUGAGGCGGACAGGAAGGCAGCGUGACAAAGGCGGAGGGCAAGGAGACGCGAACCGCCACAUGUCCGCCUGUGGACAGACCGUGAAACGGAUGUCAUUCGGCGUCAAAAUGUCUCCAUGCCGAGAGCUGAUUCGCUGUCGGCAUCCUCUUUCAGUUGACAGUUCAGGUGGGCAGAACGCGACGUAAGGAAGUGGCCAUGCGCGAGACAGCCCCUGAUUUAAAAAAAUGACAUGGCAGAUACCGGAAUAGCCGUUGUAGUACUUAGACAAAAGUUAACAACGAUGUUAAUCCGUUCAGUCGUGCACCGGGGUCGUCGCCUCAACACUUCUAUUGGAAUUUCUGCAGCGUGAAGACGAACGCGCGAUCAUUGGAACAGUAGGUGUACCAGUCUGCGCUUUCGGGCUCGUACAGAAGCACAUCAUCAUAGACUAUGAGGGCUUAAGAACGGCUGAACAAAUUAGCAAUCAAACAAUGAGUACCCGGAGGAAGGGGGAGGGAGUAAAGUCCGCGGCAGGGCUGGGCCCACUCCGUCCAACGGUGUGUGUCCUUGGCUGGAAACUGGACCGCGCCACCUGGCGGGGUAAGUGUAGCACGUAAUAGCAGAACGAUACGCCCGCCGAACGCUGCGAUUACAUGUGCUCUGUUGCUAUAUUUUCCAUGGUUCUCUCUCCCUCUGUCUCGUUCGUUCUUCGUGUGUACGUAUAGAGGUAGCAUUCUAUGAAGUUGUUUGAGUAACCGUUCUUUACUGGCUAGUCCAAUAACGUCGUACUUCCUUCAUUUGUCCUUCCGGUUCGCCGCAGUGCGUUUUUACUCUUUUUGUAGAUCGCACUGGCACGGUCGCGUUUCAGAGCCGUUGAAUGGUUGCUCUGAUAGCUGAGGAAAUGCGUUGCCUUAUUCGUCUAGAUUGGAAGUUAGGCUGCCUUCCAAGGCCAUGAUUGGCCCAAAGAGAACGUUAAACUUGUGGAUUUUGGGUAAAGCAUAUGGACAGUACCAGUGCUUUAUCGGUUGAUCUCUUCUGCCGCCACUCGGCUAUCGAUAUCACAUUGCUGCGUCCGAGUCUGUUUAGGAGUCCGGCUAGCUGGACCGUCAUCGAUCUGACCUGUGAAGAAAGCGUAAGUUUGUCGGACUGUUGCUCCUAGAGGAGGACCCGUGUCUCCCCGCUGUAAUGCAUGCGGUUCAUCUUGACGGUUGGGGGACGGUUACUGACUUCGACCUCAAAAUUACAAGUACCUCGAAGACGGUCUAGCAUUCUGAUCUGUUCGCACAUGCAUUUGUGUUCCGGCCCCUGCUGGCAACCUGGCUGCCCAGAAACGAGACUGAUUGACCGACCUCAUAGUGAUUUGCUCCCUUCAGGCGACCAUGAGGAAUCAGUGGGACGAAAAAGCGUAUACGAGGGCUAAAGAUUUCGAUAGCUUUCUUAGUCAUCCAAGUAAUUUUGACCAACCGUCACAAUCGCGUCGCUCCACCCCUCUCAUGGUUUCAGAGCUUAAACGACUGAGGGUCACUGGCCUUCGACACAAAUCCGCCUGCUGUUAAGUCAACUUUCUCCGCCUCAGACUUCAAGUCCAUUCAGACAGGAAUGGCCGCCCACACUUCACUUGAACAGAAGUGAACCCCCCUCCAUGGGUGAUGUCACAACCAUACAACAUUUGGUCACAAGCACUCUCUCCCUAGCGGCGUCGCACACAUACUUGCAGACGGCACCACGAGCACUCCUCGUGGGCAUGACAUAAUGCUGUCCACAUCUGUCAUGGGUUCGCCAGUGGUCACCGCUACCUGAAGUGCGACUUAGGGUUCCAUUUCGACCGUCUUUAGUGUCAACAUCCACUGUGUGCCCCAGGGAGUGGGCACAACACCGGCGACUUGUGCGGGAAUUAGCCCAUAAAGAGACAGCCUUGUGCAGCACCAAGCGCCGUCUCUCCUCCCCCACCAACCUGGCAAGACAAUGUCAAGACGACCGGAGGUGGGCUCGGGAGCAGUGACUGACGAGGUUGGACAGUCCGUCUACGCGUGCCACACUCGACCUGGUCCUCCGCAACAAAUAUCGGGGUUUUGCCGGAAUUGGGGGCAGCUUGGAUCUCAUGUUCGUAUCGCGUACUCAAUAAACCCCUCAUUCUGGCCUUACGGUUUUGGUGAGCUCACUAACUCAAUUGGCCAAAAGCAACUGUGGGCAAACUGUAGACUGGAAGGCUACAUGCGGACGAUAGUUGACCGCCUACAGUAAGCGGGACUUGCUGAAGUACAAUUCCGAAAUUGGCUACUUGCUCCCUCUUCCAUACUGGUUAUUCUUCUCCCUUUCUUCGUUCGCCUAAUUCUUUCCUAAUGGAAACAGGUCUUAUUUGGCAUUUAUUCCGAACAGUUGAAGAAUUCUAAAGAAAAGCAGAAUCUAAUAAGCUUCCCCCGUUUGUGUAUUGUCCCUCUUUGAAGGAUCUUGUGGUGUGGGCAAACGUUGGAUUCUGUCACAUUCCUUCGAACGAGGACUUUCCGCAUACCUCAAUGCAUUACUCCACCUACAGCGUUGUUAUCAGACCAAUCAACUUUUUUGACGCCACCCCUGACCUGAGCGCUGGAAAACAAGUAUUCACCAAGGAUGUAGGUUUUCCGCAUUUUUUUUUCAGUGUAUUUUACCAUUGCCCCUAUCAUUGUUGGUAUACGCGAUCGCAACUGCCAGGACAGUAAGUCCAUAGCUCACUGGUAAGGACGUUUGACUUUUAGCCAACAAUUGGCGAGUUCGAGUUUUGGGGGUUCCAUAGCUCGUGGUUGGGUAGGGCUGACUGAUGACGGCCAACAGGUCAGAAGUGGCCAUUCGGUAAUGUUACUCUGCCAAUAUGUACUACUAGUCGCUGUGCGGCUGUUAGCGGGGCUCGAGAGAGCCCCAAGGCACAAUGGGAGGAGUUACUUCUGUUAAACGACCGCUGUGCGCUCCUCUACCGCCACUACAGUAUAUGUUAUCUCUUUUUGAAUUUUCACCCCCAGAUAUGGGAUGUCACGCAAAUAGUCCAUUACAUUUUAACCGUCUCCCGUCAGGUUAGGACAGAUUUCCACCAAGGCCGAAACGUACGCAUUGUGAAGUCCUGUAGGCCAGACUGCUUUUGUCUUUUAAGCAGUCUAAAAGUCUGAGAGCACAGAAAUUCCACAGAAAUACGUCCGAAUUUCAGAUCUCCUCAACCCCGAGACUCCAGCUGAACUUCUAAAGGGCGACAAAUAGGCCAGUCAUGAUCGUGCCAACCUGCCUGCCACUGUCAGCAAACCGUUUCCGACGACUGUUGGCUCGCCACGAUAGGACAAGUUCUGAGUGCUCUAAACUGGGUUUCCAGGGCAAAUCAUGGUAUUUCAUCUUACAACUAGAUCAGACUGCUGAACAUCAUUUUGAUGCGGUGCUGAAUAUUUUCAAUGGUAGCAAAUAGAGCCUGACUCGGUGACUCAAACAGCAGUGUCGGCCUCCUUGAUCGACUAAACUGGAGCUUAGAUCGCAGAUCUUCCCACUACUCGAGGUAUAGCUGACUUCUGAUAAAAAAAAUAAUUCACAUGGUCAGUUCAUUUGGGUUUAGGCCUCAGAAGUGGAGUCUGGGGUCGGGCUAUAACUGACCGGCGUUGACAAAGAAGCCAGAGAUAGCCAACUCCAGUGUUUUUUGUCUUUGUCAUCCAAGUAUCUCCGUACUAAGAAGUGAAAACCCGACGUCGUACGCGACCGGCCCGUGUCCGCGUACUCACCUUGCAUUCCUUUAUUUUGGUUUACCUGCUUCAGCGUCGUCUCUUGGCAAGGCGACAGUACUCAUGUGCGCUGGAUCGCCACGUAGGAUAAUGGGCGGCCGACACGUGUGCGCUGACCUAUUAAACCACUGACCUGCACGCGUAAGUGCAGUUGAAUCGUGAGAACGUAGAGGGACGCGUCCCCCGUUCCCACGUUUCUCCUCCACUCGAGUAUGAUCACACACGUGUGCCUCCGUUUUGGUCCACCGUAUUACUAGCCUGCAACUUCACCUGUGGCUUCAUGCCACUGAGUCAUAAUAGCUUGGGGAAAACUAAUGCAUUUUCAUUGGCUGGAAAUAUGUUGCUGAAGUAUUUGUGUCAUAUCUCCUGAGUAGGCUGCCGGGAAACGAUAGGGUGUAGGACCCUUAACUAACUUGAGCUAGCCUGUGUCAUUCGUUGAAUGGUGGAAGAGGGGGUUUUACGAGUGGAGCAACACACAGGACAGAGAGCAAGAAAAUGUUAUUGUACGCUGUCAUUUGGCAAAGAAAGUGAACGCGAUAAUUAAAAAAUAAACAAAAAACAAUUUUCAAAAAAUAGCGGACUUUGCAUAAAGCGCCGCUGGUAAGUUUACAUUUAGUCAGGAAGGGGCAGAAAUCUCAAACAAUGCGAAUGGUGAAUAAUAAGUAAUGUUUACAGUCGCGCCGAAUUUUAGGGUAUAUUUUUGUAGUCGCCGUCAACUUGUGGGUUCUACACCCUAUCGUCACGACGAUCAUUAUCAGGCCUAUCUCUCCCGUAUUCUCUUAUCAUCCUAUCCUAUCUCUGUUGGCCUUUUUCGUUUAAUUUAGUUAUCCCUGUCCUUCCGCCUGUCUUGUUUCCUUCGUUUUCUUCCUCCAUCCUCUAUUUUCGUUUUUCCUUUCUUUCGAAAAUCCUUUUUCUUUUCCGCCUCUUAUCCUCAUUGGUUUCCUUAAGCACUCCCGCAUUUUCAUUCCUUUGCUUCAGAUCUAUCAGUUUUUCUUUUUAUCUUAAAAUCCCCUGGUUAUUGGAUAUCUUCGUGUCCUACUUAUUCUUUUUUCUUCCGCUUUUCGGCACUUUUAUUCUCCCUCACGCUUCUAACUUCCCAUCGUUCUUGUCGCGCUUCGUCGCUUAUUAUUCUGUUUUGUCCUCUGUCAUUGCACGCCUUCUUGACUAAUUCCAAUCAUUAUCGUUUUUACCACAGUUCCCUCUACGAUUUUCUUUCGGUACCUACUCUCUUCCACUUAGUCCCUCUUCUUGCUGCUUUACUCUCCUCUUCCGCAGCCCCCCUUGUUCCCUCCCUCUCUCUUCCUUCUGGACCUUUGCUCCUCCUAA